CUAUUAUUCAAAACCUCUGUUUUCACCUUUUUUUUUGCUUCUAAAACACAAAGGAUUCUUUGCUUUCUCCUUAUAAAGACUCAAUCUUUUGCUUGUGUAUUAGUUCAGAAACGUUCUUGAUACAAAUUUACUAUUUGGGCAUUAGAAGCCAACUUUGUUACAUCAACAAGCAGGAUAUGGCCUUAGAACAGCUGGACACUACCUUUAACAAACACGAUACUCCAUUAGGGAAAUGGAAGACAAUGAACGAUGAAGUUGAAGAGAAUAUUUCCGGUGGUUUUGAGUGUAACAUAUGCCUGGAUCUCGUGCACGAUCCUGUGGUAACUUUAUGUGGUCACCUCUACUGUUGGGCUUGCAUCUACAAAUGGAUUCAUUUCCAGAGUGUUUCUUCAGAAAAUUUGGAUCAGCAGCAACCACAGUGCCCUGUAUGCAAGGCUGAAGUUUCACAAAAAACCUUGAUUCCACUCUAUGGACGCGGUGGCCAAUCUACAAAACCAUCCGAAGGAAAGGCUCCGAAUCUUGGCAUAGUGAUCCCACAAAGACCUCCUAGUCCAAGAUGCGGCGGUCACUUGCUGAUACCAUCUACCGAUUCAAAUCGAUCCCAGCUCUUUCAACGACAAAGUCAUCAACAACAGUCUCAAACACGUCACUCGCCUUAUCAACAAAGCGCCUCACCAGGCACCACAGUUAAUAUGUUACAACCCUCCAUGAUUGGAGAAGUGGCCUAUGCAAGAAUUUUUGGUAACUCAUCAACAACUCUGUACACAAACUCUUACAAUCUAGCAAUCAGCAGUAGUCCAAGAAUGAGAAGGCAAUUAUUAGAGGCUGAUAAAUCACUUGGGAGAAUAUGUUUUUUCCUAUUUUGUUGCUUUGUAACAUGUCUAAUCUUGUUUUGAACACUUU